AUGGCGGAUCCAACCCGCUCCGGCUACCCUCAACAACAACAGCGACAACACGGCGGCGCACCUCGUCCUCGUCGCUCUCCCUUCCUUUCACCUCUUUGCGAGCCAGUCAACCCCUCUACGCAAGCGACACAAAGUCGGCCGGAGAGCCCACGCUGGAUGACCUUGCAGGAUGCUACCUCCUCCUCAUCAGACGCACGUCGCUCCACUUACCUCGCCCGAUCCACGUCGACCACGCACAGCACCUCUUCCACAACUCAGCCUCCCUCAUCUCAACAGAGCCUUGCUCAGCAUCACUCGUGA